CAACGCGACGGAUGUGUCCUACUGGGACGGACUUGGGCCAAUGGGGACUGUGCGUGCGGGAGAGAAGGACCUUCGCGCGGUUGGAGAACAUCGUUUGUGUCGUGGAUAUUAACCCGCCCGAACUCCACAUGCACGAAUGAAGUGAUAAACGGUUCGGUGGUAUGCCGUUUUGUAGCAAUAAAACCCAAGGUGGUGUGGUGAGCCACACUCGUAGGAGUGUGGCUAACGGCCAGGUUAUCCUUAUCCUACAAGGAAUGGUAUUUUAUGCAGGGGAAAUUUACGCUAAUAAAGCAACAUUCAGUGACCAAUGCGGUGUGUUGGCUGUCGAGCUACAGUAUUUUCCAGUGAUUCGUUAUCAAAGGGAUAAAACGAAGUGGCGUUAAAUGAUAUAUCUCGAACGUAACGAUUGUUUCGUGAGAAUAUUUCAAUUAAGACACUAAAAAAACAGAAAACUAACCUUGUGUGCUGCAUUUUUAAACGAAUGGUCAAAUAUUAACGGUGAUAUCUUGUUGUACAAUUGUAUGUGAUUGUGUGUACGGGUACAGGGAAUAGCCUUGUGACAUUCGACAGGCUUUCCAGUGAGACGGUGGAUGGAAAUAGAAAUGUGAAUAAAAAUAGCAUUUGAUUGCUGUACCUUUUUGGAACGUGUUGUUACACAGAUAGCAAACUAAUAGUUUACUAAUAUUAUCGUUGAAAGUUUGUUACACUAACCAGAUAGAUUAUUAAUCUCACACAAUGGUGCGCCUAAAACAUCGGCAGCAUGGACCUGCAACGAGGUCCAACAGUCGCGACUUUUUGGACUGGAAUGUUUUUGUGUCGGAGCCUGAAAUACCUCGAUUAAGACAUAGAACCGGCAGUUGGUGGUACACACAAGAACGUUUCGCAGUCAAGCAUCCGCACGAGUACAUUACGGUAGACGAACUGAACUGCUACCGUAAACGAAAGUUCUCACAAGAUCACGCCAAACAUCUGGGCAGCAACUUUUCGCUGUACAACAAAUCGGAACCUUCACUGCCAUCGGCGGUCGAUGCAAAAGCAACCGAGUACGCCGACCGAUUUCAACGCCGAGCGGCAUACGAACGAGCACUUCCGUUGAGACGCAGUACCUCGUUGCACAUUGAACCGGGCACAAUGAAGGGCCUGUCGGAAAAUCACUCCAAGUUUGUCAGCUAUUCGCAGGAUACGAUCGUGAAAUCUCGACCACCUGCCGUUAGGCCAGAGGAAUGCUUCAAGCUGCCGGACGGCGGGUCCCGGGGUACCGGACUUGCCAACGCGUCUUCCGAGUACAAGUCGGCCUUUCUGCCGUACGAUUUUCUGCCGGCAACGAUGGACCACCGGUACCGGAAUUUAAACAAGCGCAAGGAGAAGGAAAAGCGUGACGAUUUGAGCGCCUCCGACUCGAAGCUGCACAACAAGGAGCAGCUUACGCGCAGCAAUCUAAGACUGACCGGCGAGGCCACGUUCGAGCCGGAGUACAAAAGUCAGUUCGCGCUUCCGCUGGCGGGCGACAAGUCGCGCUCGACACCGCAGCUGAACAACAUUGCCUUUACUGGCAACUUUCGCGAGGCACCGUCCGAGUACAAGGAGUGCUACAAGUACUACGACCAUUUCACCAAGAGUGCUCCGAUCCGGAAGUUUGAUAACCUCAGCCUGCACGGUACGAUCGAGUUCCGGCCCGAGUACAAGGAAAGCUACCGGGAGCUGCCGACGGGCGGGGCCAGCGAUCAAUGGCGCUCGCAGUGUGUGGUGCGCAAGGACAAUCUGUCGCUCAAGGGCGACUUUCUUGGGCGCGAACCGGAGUACAGCUACAGUUUCCGAAACCGCACAUCAC